GUCCUGUGGAACAGGGGAUCAGUCUCAAAUUCCUAUAACUGCAAAGUGCAAAGUGUCCUUAAAGAAUAAGACCAUCAUGAUUCAGAUGGUGCUGCUCCCAAUCAUGACUUACGCAGCAGUAGCUUGGGGCUACGUUUCCAAAACGUUGAACAAGAGGCUCCAGGCUCAACAAAACAUAGCACUCCGUGAGACGGUGGACGCACCGUGGUUGUACAGCAAAGUAAUAAAGUAA